UAUUGGAUAUUGGAUAUUGGAGUCUGAGAAUGCGAGUGUUUCGACGUCAGGGUCAUUCACCAGCAGGAAAACAGGUCUGUCCUUUUUAUCUAAAGAAUCGGUGUAUCUAUGGUGAUCGAUGCAUUAAUUCUCACUGUUUGCCAGAAACCAGGUCUUUGCAGAUUCCGAAAUCUAUUCCUUGUAAAUUUUACCUACAAGGAUAUUGUCAUAAUGGGGUCAGAUGUACAUUUUCACACGACAUAAGUGCCAAUUCAUCUCAUACCUAUCGCAGAAAUUCAAAGGAAACCGUCGAUUCAAAAUGUCCAAACAGUCUGCCAAAUAAUCUCACAAGAUGCUUACCUAACGUUGAUACUAAUAGUGUUAACAAAACUAUUAAUAAACCAACAUCACCUAGUUUAAUAGGUUUUUCAUUUCAUCAGACUGAGAAAGCAAUCAAAAUGCAAUCACCUCGAUAUCGUGAAUGGGGAUAUGACACUUCAGAAAUUUAUAGCUCUUACGAUCAGCUAAAUGAAGAUGAGCUAUCUAUAUAUCGUUCACCUGGAAAUUUUAUCCCUGGUACAAUUCCUUUAUCUUCACCUCCAGAAAAUUUAUGUACAUUUUCUUGAAAAUAAACUGCUUAAUUAUUAUUAAUGUA